GAGCUGGUCUGGGGACUGUUGAGAAGGAAGGGACUCUUGGCUGGAGCUGCCUGGGCUAGGACGUUUGUGCCCUCCUGCAGGCCCUCUAGGUGGUUGCUGGGAUGGAGGGCCCUCUGGCGGAGUGUGCCAAGGGUGAGCACUUCCACAUCGUCACACCUCUGCUGGAGAGCUGGGCACUGUCCCAGGUGGUGGGCAUGCCUGUCUUCCUCAAGUACGAGAAUGUGCAGCCGACUGGCUCCUUCAAGAUCCGUGGCAUUGGACAUUUCUGCCAGGAGGUGGCCAAAAAGGGAUGCAGACACCUGGUGUGCUCCUCAGGGGGUAACGCGGGCAUCGCUGCUGCUUACGCUGCUCGGAGGCUGGGCAUCCCAGCCACCAUUGUGCUCCCCAAGGGCACCUCUCUGCAGGUGGUGAGGAGGCUGCAGGGGGAGGGGGCUGAAGUUCAGCUGACUGGAAAGGUCUGGGACGAGGCCAAUCUGAGGGCGCAAGAGUUGGCCAAGAAGGACGGCUGGGUGAACAUCCACCCGUUUGACCACCCCCUGAUAUGGGAAGGCCACGGGAGCCUGGUGCGGGAGCUGAAGGCAGUGCUGGGGACCCCACCGGGUGCCCUGGUGCUGGCAGUGGGGGGCGGAGGCCUCCUGGCCGGGGUGUCGGCUGGUCUGGCAGAGGUGGGCUGGCAGCAUGUGCCCAUAAUUGCCAUGGAGACCCAAGGGGCACACAGUUUCAAUGCGGCCAUCAAGGCAGGCAGGCUGGUGACACUGCCGGACAUCACCAGUGUAGCCAAGUGCCUGGGUGCCAGGACGGUGGCUGCACAGGCCCUGGCGUGUGCGAAGGAGUUCAAGGUCUUCUCUGAGGUGGUGGAGGAUUUUGAGGCCGUGAGCGCUGUGCAGCGGUUCCUGGAUGAUGAGCGAACGUUGGUGGAGCCUGCCUGCGGGGCAGCCUUAGCUGCCAUCUACUCAGGCCUCCUGGGGAGGCUCCAGGCUGAGGGCCGCCUGCACCCUUCCCCGGCCUCAGUCGUGGUCAUCGUGUGCGGAGGCAACAACAUUGACAGUGGAGAGCUACAGGCUCUGAAAGCCCAGCUGGGCCAGGGCUGAGGGCUCCUGGUUUAGGAGGGCCGGCUGGGCCCCAGUGAUCCCCAAGAGGCUCCUGGACACCCCUGGAGGGGGUUGCUGGCUGAGGGGCCUCUGUGCUCAUAGAUGGCAGUGGCAGCUGCCCUGUGCUGCUACGCUGGCUGCCUCCUUCAGGAAGCCCUCCUGAACUGCUCCCUUUGGCUUUCCUGCAGCUCUGGC